CCUCUGGUCUCUGUCCUGUAGGCAUCACAUGGCUCCAGGGUCCCAGCAGAGUGACCAGUGAAGAGUGACAGGUGUCAGAGGCUGGAUCCCAGUGACCAGUAGGCACACAGCUGGGCAGGGCUCCAGGGUAACCUGUAGCCUGGAGGAGGAGACAAGUCUCAGGACAGGAGCUGCACUGCUCCCUCUUAUACCAGUAUACCCAGUCCAGGCUGCCAGUGUCUGCAGGAGCUGCCCUGUCCAUCCAGCUGUUCCACAAUGCUUGAUGGGCUUAAAAUGGAGGAAAACAUACAGAAUGUCAUCGACAAGUCGGCGACUCUUUCCUUAUUCGGGCCAGCUCUGGACCAGAAGUGGGUAUGUGAGGGCUGUGAACGUGUGAUCUGUGACCGCUUCCUUCUGCGGAUCAGUGACAGUCUCUGGCAUGAGCAGUGUGCCCAGUGCUGCGCCUGCAAGGAACCCCUGGAGAGCAGCUGCUUCUACAGAGACAAGAAGCUCUACUGCAGGAAUGACUACGAGAAGUUAUUUGCAGUAAAAUGUGGAUCCUGCCUAGACACCAUCACACCCAGUGAGUUUGUCAUGAGAGCGCAGAAAAGUGUCUACCAUUUGGGAUGCUUCUGUUGCUGUGUAUGUGAAAGACAACUUCAAAAAGGUGAUGAGUUUGUGCUCAAGGAUGGACAACUUCUCUGUAAGAGUGACUACGAGAGAGAACGGGACAUGCUGAACCUUGUCAGUCCAGCUGCCUCUGACUCAGGUAAGAGUGAUGAUGAUGAAGAUGGUAAAUUUGAAGAUGGUAAAGGAAUUGAGGAUGGUAAAGAUCAAAAACGACCUAAAAGACCAAGGACUAUUCUGACAACGCAGCAGAGAAGGGCUUUCAAAGCUUCAUUUGAGGUGUCAUCUAAACCAUGCAGAAAGGUGAGGGAGACACUUGCUGCAGAAACUGGCCUUAGUGUCCGUGUAGUGCAAGUCUGGUUCCAGAAUCAAAGAGCAAAGAUGAAAAAGUUGGCAAGAAGACAGCAACAACAGCAACAGCAGCAAGAUCAGCAAAACCCUUCCCGUGUACCAGCAGCACAAACACACAACUCCAGCAACUCCAGCAUUGAAGGAAUCAUGAAUGUCUUUACAUCACUCCCUCAGCAACAUCUACUUUCCAUAGAGCAAAACAUAUAUAAUUCAGACCCAUUCCAGCAAGGACUUACGCCUCCGCAGAUGCCAGGAGACCAUAUGCAUCCUUACGGUGGGGAGACCAUGUUCCAUGACAUGGACAGCGAUGAUGCUUCCCUUACCUUGGGUGAAUGUCUUCUAGCAGCACCUGAAGUAGGGUCACUGCAGACUCGAGUGGGAAAUCCCAUUGAUCGUCUUUACUCUAUGCAAAGUUCAUAUUUUACGUCCUGAAAGCAACAUUAGACGUUGCUGAAAGAAUGUUAUCUGGAACUGGAAAUUAUACUGGUUGUCUGCAAUUUCUAGUCAAUCGGACCAAGUUAGAGAUAAUGGCUGUUCACGAUGCUACUGAAAAUUCGGGUCAUGCAUGACUCUUUAGAAACAAUUUCCACUGGAUUAUUAUCCACAAUAUAAAAAGUAUUGUUCGUUAUUUUGACUAUGUAAAGAAAAACCACUUGAUCACUGGCAUCACAUGGGUCACCAGAACUUCAUGGAAGAUAUUUGGAACAUUCUACAUAACUGCUGCUGAGGUUGAACCUAAAUAAAAUGAACCCCUAUGGAUACAUUCUAUAGGAAUGACCUUAAAAACCAUUUGUGUAUUCUGAAGCUAUAAAAGAGCCCCUUCACUUUGAGCUGAAGACGUUGACUUUGUGACAUUCUGGAUUUAUGACACAUGGUUCAUUAUUCAGUACACCCAUGAAAAUGACUCCAGGUAUACAUGGAUACAUUAUGUUUUCACCUACUGACUAAAUUUACUGCAGAAUAUCAAGAAGCACAUCCACAAGCUUGAGACGUCGCAAGAAUGUAUACAAUUGUGUUUUGAAACAGACUAGAUCAUUCACUUGAAGGAUGUUGACUGACAAUAAAUUCAAUGAAUUAGUUACAUUAUCCAAGACACUGAUUGUAUAGCCCAGCAAUAUUGCCAUUGGGAGCUAUUUAAU